ACACACACACACACACACACACACACACACACACACACACACACACACACACACACAGAAAGGUAGGUAGGUAUAACCACGCAGACUUUCACACGUUUAAACCAUUUUAGGAAUCGUUUAUUUGUUUGUUCUUUGCUACUUCAUCGUCAUCUUCUGGACACUUACAUAGACACACAUCUAAUCUUACCCAAUGUUAGCUAGUAAUCCUGUUAGCCUGCUAGCCGACUUUGGUAAACAACAUUGCUAGCAUGCUAACAGUAAAGUACCAUAACGUAGUUAGCCAGGUUGGCCAGAUAAUGCUUAAAAUUGAGUGAGAAACUUACUGAGUGUUUUUUUUAUUUAUCAUUCUGACAUGUAAAUGUUUAUCUCGACUGUUAUAUGAUGGUCCAAAAUCAGUUAAAUGUCAAACCAGGCAGUGAGCUACCUGCUAACGUGUAGCUAGCUAAUUUGAGUAAUGGUCCAGUCCCAGUUUAACUAAACGAAGACAGUCGUCUCCGUGUGAUUACAGCACUUUUUCUGACAGUGUGAGUGUGGUGUGAGGAGACCAAAGGUGAAGCCGGUAUGAGCAUGAAGAUGAAAGACGACGGGCUUGUAACCACGAUGGGCAAAUCUAAAACAAAGAGAAUAGAAAUGUCCAAACCUGAUUCCGAAAGGGAUUCUGGUUUUUCGGACACUAGUUCAGAGCAUCUGAGUGUAGUUGAUCAGACAGACACAGAGGAUGUAGCACGCAGGAUGAAGCAAGCAGUGUCAGGUUCCAGGUCUCAGACUUCUCAGCUGGCUGUCAUUGGAGGAUCAUUUCAAAGCCUGUCACCCAUGAUCAUCAUGAAUAAUGUUCUUCUCAAACAGCCUGGUGAUAACCCUCCCUCUGUGAAACCAUGGGCCUUCAGUCCAGCUGUUGAGGUUGUUCAGCAACCCCAGGUAGUCUUCCUCCAACCAGUAAUAUCGCAGAGAAAUACUUCAGAGCUAAAAGGACCACCCUUUAAGCGUCGUAAGCACAAGAAGUAUCUCCCCAUCCUGAAAUCCUACCCCAAAAUUGCCCCCCACCCAGGGGACAGUCCACGCAGUAGCUGUACUAGCAGCAGCAGCAGCUCCAUUGUCACUGCAUCAAUGAAGAGUUCCAGCUCAUCUUCCAGCUGUUGGGAUUCUCCUGAUAGAGACAGGCAGCAAGCUGUACAAACUAGUUCCUCUUCUGGAUUUCUUACUCCAAACCACAUUACACCAUCCAGGCAUCAUCCAGCAUCACCUGAGCCCCAGGCUCCACUUACUGAUUCUCCCACUGCCAGUUAUCCUUGUGUGGAAAAGCCUAUAGCUGAAAGGCUGGAGUCCACAACAGAACCUACAGAAAUGCACGACAAGACAUUACAGACCCAACCACAGGCUGCCUUUAAAGAUGACAUUUGCCAGAACAGUGACUCGGAUAGCAACGACAAGAGGAAGCGUUUCUGCAACACCUACAAUAUUUUAAGUAAAUCAGGCCUGCUGGACAUUACACUGCGUACUAAAGAGUUGAUACGACAGAAUCGGCGCACUCAGGUAGAGCUGGAUCAACUCCGGGAGCACACAAACCUGUUUAUGGAGGCCAUACAAACAGGAGACUUGUGUAUCUGGACCAAACUACAGAUGAGUAUGCAGGAAAAACUUGAGAAGUCUUUGAAUACUGGACCAGAGACACAAAUGGAUCAUUUGAUGUAGGACACUUGAACCAGGAAAGAUACUUUUUGAAACUGGUUGUGCAAAUGUUACUAGUCCUUGAUCCUUUUUUCCAUUGUGAUGGAAUGUUCCUAAAUUUGGGAACUUCCAACAUCUGCAUUAUUGUCAUCAAAGAUGAACAAUAUAUUUGGGCCCUGUGGCAGCAUUGCUCCAAGCACAUGAGACAGCAGGUACAGCAGGUAGCUCACUACUCCAUGGUCCAUUGUUCAAUUAUGAGUUCCAGAGACUGUCUUUGUGGAGUUUCACACUGUACUACUUGCUGCUUACCUCCUAAAAACAUGCCUGAUAGAUGGAUUGGCUAAUUUAAAUUGCCCCAAAAUGUGAAUUAUGUGCAGUGUUAUGGCAUCCUAUACAAGGGGCAUUCCCAUCUCACUCCAAGUGUGGCCAGGGUAGGCUCUAGAACCACUGGGACCAGGAUAGAGCAAUUUAUAAAGGUUCAUUUAUAAUGAAAUAUUGAAAUAGAACCAUGACCACAGCAGGAAUGUUGUAAAAUGGAACUAAUAUGUCAGACCUUAGUAAAGUCUUUUUGUCUGUACUAAUGAAAAAUCAUAUUUAUAAAUCUUAUCUGCAGGCAGUUUUGAAAUGGCUUUAAUUUUUUUGUCUCAAUAAUAUAGCUAAAUUGUGUUGUUCACAUAGUAUUAGCAAAAUUAAGAAUGUGCUUAUGGACUGCUGAAUGCAAACCGUUAAUAUAUAAAAACUAGGAUACCGAUUAAAAAAAGAAAUUCACAUAUCAGCAGGCAAAGCAGGCUGGUAUGUUAAUGCUCUGUAGAGUCAUGUGACAUUAAUAUUAGUGAUAGUACAAACAUGUAAUCAGUAGUUAGUCUUUUGUAGUGCUUUAGCUACUACAAUAUUUAUAAGAUCAGCUCAGUGCUGUAAUUUUUGUGCCUGUAGCAUGGACUCUUCAGAUGCAACUCUUGCGGUGUUUGCAGCAGUUCUCUGUUGUGCGUCUUUUACCUACGUUACCUAUAUACCAUAUAGAUUUAGUAGCAUUUACUAGAUUUAUAAAAAUCCAAGAAAAGCGGUUUCAGAGUAUGCAUUGUUCCUCAGCCAAAAAGAAGAGCAUUACUGCUUGAUCAGAUCGCCCUCAAGUAUCUUUUAAAUGCCCGAGGCAGAUGUGAGCCUCUUAAUUGAAUCCUUAAUUGUAAAACCAGUUGCCUUAAACCUCACCAUAGCAUAGAUAAUAUACAGUUUUCAGAAUAUGUGUAUUGUGUCGAGUCAAAUUUGUCUUUUUAAUAUUAAUAUACAAUUGUGUCCCAAACAAUUUUUAAUCUCUUUCUCCCCCCCCUAUCAUAAAUGGUUUUGUAAAUGAACAUUAACCAAAAUUUCACUGUAGCUUAUUUCUUAAGCAAACAAUGUUGGUUUGAAAAACUUUUUUUUAACAAGAUCACUAUUGCACAGGAACCUGUUCUUUAAACACAGCUUUUCUAACAUUUCUUGUCUAAACCUUCAGUUUACAGAGAUCCUGAUGAUGAAAUCUAUUAAGGUGAUGGAUUUUUAUUGUAUUUAGUCUCAGCAUCAUUACAAAAAAGAUAUGAGAUCUUCUUAAGGGUUCGGACAAGAUCAAAUGAUUUCUGUGAAUUACAGUAAAGGGAACUGGUGUUAUACUGGUAUAUGUAAGCCCAUAUACUGACAAUCUUUUUAUUUGUACAUUCAGGCAUAAUAGAAAGAAAGCUUUUCAUAACCAGGUGGAUAUUAUCCAGGCAGUUAUCACUGAAAAAGUAGCUUGUAGGCAGAGUCUCUGUUUGGAUCCACAGUGUCUAUAGAAGGGUCUCUGAGAUUAGGUUGUGCAUAAACACUGGAUUGCAACUAUCCUGGUAUCUUAUUAUUAUUAUUAUUAUUAUUAUUAUUAUUAUUCCAAUUGUAUAUGUGGUAUAAUGGAAUGGUAAUAUCAGAAGUGAUACUCAAGGUUUUGUUUAGGGGCAGCAGGACAUUGACCACUAGUACCUGUGACAUUUUCUUUUCAAAUUCCCUUGAAACGCAAAUGUAAAAAAAAAAGAUAUAGUCUAUGAAUAUCACAUUGACCAUAGCAGCAUUCUCCUGCCUUUAUGUCAAUAUCUUCCUUAAAGGUAUGUACUAUUGCUUCUGACAAAGGUCAUGUAAAAGACCAUGUACAUCUCAUGGUCAGUCAGAAUAGACUGUGGGUUUUGCACUGAUCUAUAGAUUUAGCUAGUGUGUGUUAUUUACUCCUCUAACGACCUUUUAAAAUCUGUCAUAUAUCUGUAAAAUAUUACAUUACUAUCUCUUUAUUUUUUCAUAUCAGCUGUGCCACUUAACUUUAAACCAUGAUUUAAGCCAGUUUUCAUUUGCAAAUGUAUUUUUCUAGUAUUAAAGUUGUUACCACAUUCUUGGGAGACAUAACUGUCCAUCAGUGGGUCAUGGCUAGAUCUUAAAGACAGGACAAGUGAUGGAUUUUAGAUGUAUGUGUAACAAACACUAGUGCACUGUUUUCUGCUUUUAAAAGCAAAAGGCCUCUUCUUUUUUUUUGAAUAAUCGUACAAAUAUAAUUCAUCUUGUACAUGUAUCCUGCAUGUAUGUACAAUUUGUAAACGGUUCUCAAUGUUUUUCUUUUAAACGUUGCAAACUGCAAAUUGUGCUUUAUUUCAUAAUAUCUGAACAGCUACAUUUUAUUUUUCUAUCUAGUUGUUUUAUUCUUUGUUUUUGUUGGUUUGUUUUAAACAACUGACCUUGUAGGACAUUCCGUAUUUAAAUACACAUUUCCUACUCCGCAGUCUUCCAUUAUAGGAUCUGUGAUGUACAAUCCAGGUGUUUGCCACCAUUGUGUCAUGUAGUUCUCUCUGAAAGUAUUGGAACAGUUUCAGCCCCGUACAUUGAAGACAUUUGUGCUUGAUAUAAAAAUAUGAAUUUGAAGCUGAGAAAACAGGGAAACUCAGAGACACUGCACACAUGCAUUGGGCACAGCCAGUAAAACAAAUAAGAAUGUCCUGGGUAAAGAAAAAAAAAAAUUGGUGUACUAAAACCAGACAUGGAACACAAUAUGCAAACCGCUUAUCAGUAAUAAGAAUUUAAAGGGCAGAAAGAAAUUCGUGAAGAAAUUCAGAGAUGAACCACAAAA